AGUACAAUAGUUAAUGACAUGACGUGAGAGAGCGAGGAACCUGUCUGGUAACUUAAUAAAAUGACGCCACCGUCAGAUGGAAGCACAAAGCCAAAACCACGUCGGAAGAGGAAGGGGGGAAGUUUAAGUGGUUUGUCAAAAGCACGUAUGGCAAAGAAAUAUUUACGAUCAACUCCAAAUAUCAAGAAAAGACACGAGGCGAUGAAAAUUGUUAACCAAGCACACAGUAUCACUGCACUUCAGCGAGCUUGCUGUGAUGGAAAUGAUGAACAAGUCAAAACAUUUAUAGAUGAGGAUUUGACUGACGAAAACAUCUUGCGUAAAGAUUUAUGCGGCGAAACUGCUUUACACGAUGCAAUCAAAAAUGGGAACACAGAGUGUUGCAUGUUGUUACUAAAUCGGUUACAGAGUCCCAUGCCAGCACAACUAUCCCAGGAGCUUAUAAAUAUAUGUACUGAGGAUAUGUCUACAGUAGCUGAUAAACUAAGUCGAGAAGUAUUUCAGCAAUUCGACUUCGACAACGGAGACGUUUCUUCUCAAGAAACAACUAGCGAUUAUGCACGUGCUCAGGAGGUUCAGAAUGAUGAAACGUUUGAUAACCAGUCCGAACCAAUAGAAGUCCAACCUAAGUCUAUUUCGUCAUUUGAUGAGCUGAAGGAUCAGCUGUCCAAAAAUUUAGAGAACUUAAGGUUUCUAUGGGUGGAGAAUAAGGAAACGCUCUUCUUAUUAAACCAGUUUCUGCUAAAUUCAAGUCAGAUUGGUGCAGAUUUCCUUCCAUUAAGAAUGUUUUUGGAAGCUGUAAAAUUGAGAGUCAGUCGCGACCAGAAGGGAAAAGUUCCACAAGCAUCCAGAAUAACAAAGCUCUUCUUAGCAUACUGCUAUAGGCUGUUCGGAAAGCAAUUCCUAAAUACUAUCAGAGAGGUCGGGUUCCUAGUCCCUACGGAUACAACCCUUCGCGACGUGGGUUCGAAGGAGUUUGACAUUCCGCCUAGGAUUCAGCCAGGGUUUAUUGGUGGGAUGAUGGAAGAGGCCAUUGCUAAAUAUGGAAAUGGGAAAAAACUUAUUUUGUCAAAUGAUGAGAGAAAGUGCAAGGCGGGGAUAGUCAACGGAGUGGGAGCUGCUGUAUACCCGGGUCAUAAGUCUUAUGAGAAAGUGAAGCAGAAAGAGUUUGCUCACCUUGAGAGGAUGGGGAAAUUAAAUUCUGUAUUGGUUCCUACCUAUCUGUACCCCUCUGAUUUUACAGAGUACUGUCUUGAAGAAUUCGACUAUAAUAAUGAAUCAGAGGCUUUAGAGCAACGUAGCACAGGCUACAUGAGAAACCUAAAACGGAAGGCAGAUGACGGUGACUCAAAAUCGGCGUAUCUAUAUUCGAGACAGCUUGCAAAACGGCAAGAGUAUGCAGAACACCGUCGGUACAAAUCUGGUGCGAUGAUAAGUUAUGCAGUAAAUCUCAAGGAUAUACGGUCGCGACCAUAUUACCUCUUAAACCCUCACAACAUUAACGGAGAUAACGACAUGAGAUAUUUAUCUGAGACAUCCGUACAGUUUACUUCAACAAUUAACAACGCAUUGUUGAAGAAGAGUCAAGUACCUGCUGCAUUGGGUUUCCGAACAGUGGCUGAAGCAGCCAGUGUUCAACAUAUAAAUACGCCGGUACAAGAUCAAGACGAGGAUGAAUCCGUGGGAGAUAUCAACGACUCACAUCUUUUUGACGACUCAGAAAUAUUCUCUGAGCAGAGAAAACAAGCUGUAACAACCCUUACACAUCUAGUGAUGCCAGAGUAUUAUCAAGAUCUAGUGCUCAUCCAGGAGGGGCUUGGUGUUAUUAGAAAAGACGCAUUAAGUGGGCCAGGUUUUGUGGCUCACGCAGACGCUUCGAUGGUCGGCUCUGUAGAGAAUCCGGUCAUAAAGGCUUCAAUCCACAUAACGAAGACAGAUGCCUAUAAGGAGACCCCAAGGGCUGAGGACUUAGCUAUGCUAUACUGUCAGAUGGCAGCAUUCCUGCAGUAUGCAGAAGAUCCUUUCAAACCACCAAAAGGAAUUGUUGUUGAAAUCGACCGGUUCGAUUGUUUCAUGCGCGUAUGGGAAGUGGAAAUAAAACCAAAUAUCCUAAAAGAGGUCUUACAAGUUAUCAGGCAAUAUUUCUGUUCUGGAGUAGAGGGCAUUAAGGAGAUAAAGAAAAGCUUGCCCAAAUCAAUCAGGGAUCUGCGAUCUAAACUAGAGGAGCUUGUAAAGGAAGCUCGACACAUGGGGGAUUUUCCACUACUUACCUUCUCUCGAGGAGAUGUUCUACCAUGCAGAAACUCAAACUACAAUUUCUGCCCAACAACAAUUGUUGAUAGAUUAGGUCUUAGUGGCACGUUUCUAAUUGAAGCAUUGAGACAAAGUCGAGAAGAUGCAUACAGCUACACGCUGAUAAAAGCUUGCACUAUUAUGAUCUACACCUUAGCAGACGUAAUGAGGGAAGCAAGUGACGUGACAUAUUUUCCAAUAUUUUGGUAUCCUGCUGCCACUGACUUGGGAUGUGAAAUCGACAAAGCGGUUACCGAGUACGUUCUCAACGAGCUGAAAAGGCGUGGUCUUGACGUUGUAGCCUCAUCCUUUGACGGCAAAAGUCACCCUAGAGUGACGACUGGAAUGAAAGGAGAACCUCAAACUUUAAUCCAGCUUGCCAAACAGCACUGGAAAACAGUCAAAGAGCUUAAAACUGUAGAGGAAGUGAGAAACAAGUUUUAUCUGGAGAGAGAAAAACAAAGGGAACAGACAUCUAAGGUUCCAAGACUGACGUUACUAGCACUUGAAAAAGUUACACAACUUAGGAUCAACUGCCAAGAAAGACUAAAAGGAGUUAAUUCUAGUUUGCCACAACGAUAUCGGUCUCUGAUAGACAAGCACUACCCUGUCCAGCGAGUUGCGGUUUGGAGACAGGAACUAGCGUACAUGACGUUCGGAGAGAAGUACGAUAGUUUCCUAAACAAAAAUGAAUACCACGAAGAAAUGAACAAAUUGUUUGGGGUUGUAUUCUACAACCCUCCACAAGUCUGUGACAAACCCCUCUGGAGUCUUCUUGACUAUACCCACAACUUGAACAGGCUGAGGACGUUCACGUACUCGGGAAGAAUCCCUGGAGUAAAUCCGACAGCCUGGCAAGUAGCAGCAGAUACCAAAGACCCAGUGACUCAUCGACCAGCCACUAACCUCACUAGAUCCAUGUUAGAUGCGGGAGGAAAGGACCAAAUGUCUAUCCGGCAAACACGGACAUUCUUUUCCCCGAAAGUACAGUGUGUCAUGAGAGAGAAUGGGUUCUACAACGAAGCUGACUGGGCCCAACAAUGUUAUGAUUACCUUAUAUCCGUUGAUGACCGCCACAUAACAGCUGAAAAUCGUCUGAAAAGCUGGCUAACCCUCUGGAACACAUUGAUGGGUUUCGUGAACACAACAAAAUUUCCACCUUUAGGAUCCACGCUUCCUUUGUUUAAAGACGAUCAGGACCAGGGGAUGAUUGACAGCGGAAUCCCACAAAAAAAAGGAAUGCCAGUGGAACUUUUUGAAGCAACGUUAGCGGCAAUCCAAGCUCGUGUGCAGCUGUACGGAGCAUGCCCUAAUGGCUAUGCAGCGAGGGCCAUCUCAAGCAUAGACACGGAAAAUUUCCAUGGUAUACUCCACAGGCAGCAUCACCAUGGAGCCCAGACCGCAUCCGUAUACGAGGUAGAGGGUUCCCUUGCACACUUGACAGUUGCCCUCAAAAUAAAGAAGGAGCCAGCUUUCGUGGGACUGCUAAGCCCUAUUCAGGAGGACGAUUCGAUUUACCCAAUUCCUAUGACAGGAUUUAAUAUCUCCCAAAGGAUCAACCUCGUGAACUGUAACUUCGAUUUAAUAAAAGGCUCGAACAAAAACAAAGAGGCAAUCCCUAGACGUUUACAUGAACCACCACGGGGAGCCCUUCCCGUACGAGCUGCAGGCAACCAUAAAGCUAACGAGGAAUGCUAAAAGACACGUUUAGACACUAAUUGGUUGACUUUUCCAGAGUAAAAUGUUUGUUCAAGUCACAGAAUUAAGGUCAAGUCGUGACUGUGUUUUUUAUGGAAUAAAUGAUUUUAACCUUACUAACCAUUUGAUUCCUACAAUUUACAAGAAAUUUUCUAUUCCUUGAUCCGUGGGUAUUUAAAUCUCACUAAAAUUAUUUGUCUAGAAAUGUGCCUGUUUGUUCAGGCCAUGACCUUAUAGUCAGCCAAUUGGCCAUUGCUGAAAUUGAAUUUAAUUUAUCUUUCUUCAAGUUCUCUGCCGUGGAGGCAGAGCUGGGGGAGUUUUUUGACACAGCAGCACUGUAAGACCUAAUCUCAGCUUGAACAGUAUUUUCUACAGCGGUUUCAACAGUUCCCUGGACUGAAUCUAGCUCUUUAAUCUUAAUGUCCAAGAGUUCCCCUUGCAACUGAAUUACUGAUUUCUGAGAAUUAAUCUUGCCACUUUUUAUUUCCUCCAUUGUUGUCGCUUUUAAAAAGAGUUCCUUAUAUACAACAAUACCCUGAAACGCAUCGAAAAGGUGC